AGGCAAUGACGUAAAAAGCAGACCCAAUUGAACUAGUGGAAUUAUCAACUAAUUCAUUCAGCCCAGAGCUAUUUCUGCAAAACAUACUUUAUAGAGGCCAAUUGUGCUUAUAAUUGUCUCAAUUACUUGAAUAGGCAAUCUAAAAGAAAUUUGUUGAUGACAACAAUAAUUAAUACAACCUGAAAAUAGCUAGGAUCUGUGUCAUAUGCUAUAAUUAUUACUAAUUGUUGCAAGGGAAAAAUUUCUUAAAUAAAGAUAAUUAUGCUGGGAUGACGAAUCAAUUGAAAAAAGUCUUUAGAGAUGAAAAGGAAUACCUAAAUUAAAUUGCUCAAUUUUCCAAUGUAAAAUCUAAUACCGCUGAUAAAUUGAGAAAGGAAAUUUCAAUUAUAUUUGAGAUCUGCGCAAAAUUAAAAGAUGUAAAUUAUCAUUUCCAACUAUAGGCCAUUCCAAAUGAAUUUUCUAAAAUAGUAAAUUAUUUUAAAGAGAAUAAAUAAGAAGAUCUUAAAUUUGAAAAGUUGCAAUAGCAAUUGGGUGCCGAAAAGUAAAUCAAUUACGACAUAUAUUCAUAUUUUUUUAAAUUGUAUUACUAGCCAGAAUGGUUUCAAUAAACUUAACGAUUAGAAGCAAUUAAGUAUUAACUUCCUUUGAUUUAGUAGAUUGCAAUGCUUUAUACUAAAUUUCUUAAAACUUGACUCCAUAUACCCAAUCGAACUUUUCGCAGAUUAAACUUUAAUAUUUUUGAGAAUAUUAGAUAAUUAACCAAUAGACUAUUAUAAAAAACUUAUGGAAUAAAAUUGA